CAUCAGAUAUUUUUGUGCCGUUAAAGACGCCAUUUUACUGGAUAUUUUUUACUGUCACAUUGGGCAUUUUAGUGUUGUUAAAUGGGACAUUUUUACCGGAUUUUUUUACAUCACAUCAGACAUUUUAGUGCCGUAAACCGGACACUUUUAACGCAUUUUACUGUUUUAACCCAAACCACGAUCUUUCCCUAACCCUAGCCAAGUGUUUUUGUGCCUAAAGCUAACCAUUUUGAACCAAACUAUGGGAAGGAUUGGCGUUUAACCAGCAAGCAAAUACGUUCCUCCAUUUUUAAACUAUUUAAAUUUGAUCACGUGAUCUUGCGCGAUCAAUACCAAUGCGCAUGCGUAAUUAUUCCGUACCAACAAUAAACGGACUAUUGACACAGAGGAAUCCGAUAGCCACUUCCUUUUUUUUAAAGUUGUAUUUCACAACCUAAAGGUCUUGUGAGCACUAAAAAGUAGUCAAUGUCCAUUAUAGCCCAUUAUGUAACGACAAUCCUGUCUCAAUGUAUGGUUUUGGACUGGCUUGUUUUACUACUAACAACCUCUGGGUAAAGGAUUGGCUGGGCUGCUCAGUCCCACAUGGACGACGUCACUCAGUUUUGGAUCUGGUAGGUGGGGGCUCGCACAGCCACACAAAAUACGUGGCUUCAUCAUGUCGACCAUUUUUUGGAAAAUCAUUGUUAUUCAUUUCACCACCACAAUCGGCAUUUCCUUCUGUUUUCGUAACGAUGUGACUCCUGAGGAGAAUCCAAACAUACCAGCGAUCGCCAAAUAUUUCACCACGAAAGGUCGGUAUGAGGAAGUGAAUCCGUAUCUCAUAGAGGACAUACUUGCUGUAAACAGAUCCAUGCUUCAGCCUCCUUCUGCACAAUGUCGCCAAAUCCACAUGACUGCCAUAAUAAGACAUGGCACGAGAUACCCGACGACCAAAAACGUCAAGAAGAUGCAGAAGCUGUACGACGUGGUAAAAAGCAGAGCCUCGGGCAAAGACAGCUGGCUGCGUGAGAUCCAGACCCAGUGGACGAUGUGGUACACUGAGGACAUGGACGGCAGACUAGUCCAGAAGGGUGUAAAGGACCUCAAGCAUCUGUCCGUCAGACUGUCAAAGCUGUUCCCCUCACUGAUUUCAGAGCAGAAGCUUCGAGGAGGACACAUUAAAUUCAUAACCAGCUCAAAGCACAGGUGUGUCAACAGCACACUGUCCUUCAAGGCAGGACUGACAGAGCUGUGGGACAUUAAAGAUAGGGAGUUUGACCAUGCAGUGAAUGAUGCUCUGAUGAGGUUUUUUGACAAGUGCGUAAAGUUUGUGCAGGAUGUUGACAAGAACCCAUCGGCACUGUCAGAGGUCGACAAUUUCAAGCAGGGAUCAGAGAUGAGGAGGGUCCAGGAGAAGAUCGCAGACCGUCUCAAUGUCCCGUACAGUCUCAUCACAGAUGAUAUGGCAGAGGCUGCGUUUUACUUGUGUGCUUAUGAGUUUGCCAUCAAGACCGUGAACUCCCCCUGGUGUCAGCUUUUUGAUGAGGUCGAUGCACAGGUUAUGGAGUAUGCAAAUGACCUGAAGCAGUUCUGGAAAAGAGGCUAUGGUCACGAUAUUAACAGCAAGUCGAGCUGCAUCCUCUUCCAUGAUGUGUUCAGUCGACUCGACAAAGCAGCCGAAGAGAACAAGUCUGGCCAGGUGACGGAAGCCGUGACAGUCCAGGUUGGCCAUGCAGAGACCCUCCUGCCACUGCUAACCCUCCUGGGCUUCUUCAAGGACAACGAUACCCUGACAUCAACCAACUAUGCCAAUCAGACUGAACGCUCCUUCCGCACCAGCCGCAUGUUACCCUACGCAGCUAAUUUAGUCCUGGUGCUGUACGACUGUGGACAAGGCGAUCUGAGACUGCAGCCACUGCUCAACGAGAAGCCUGUGACUUUCCCUGGCUUGACUGACCAGCAGGCCUCCAUGCCGCUCUAUCAAGACGUCAGAGAGCGCUACAGGGAACUGCUCCAAGGCUGUGACUUUGAGACGGAGUGUCAGAUGUUUAAGCAGACAGAGUUGACUCAAAAGUUAAGACAAAGGCAUUACAGAGACCUAAAUCUGUUGUAAAAUGAUGUGGAAAUUCUGCACCUAAUGGGACUAAUAAUUAGUCCAAAUGCUUGUCCUAUGCAAACCAUGAGCACAUGACUGUUUGAACUGGCUUUUUAUCUGAAUGGAUCAACAAAGUGCCUUCACAGUUCAAUGUAGUGUGCUCGUGGAGGCUUUAUCUUAUGCCUGAGAAAAAGCAGAGUUGGUGUCUUUGAUACACCAAUGAUACCAGCCUAGGAAAUCAAUUUCAAGUUCACUUGUAUCAUAACAGUAUUACUAAUGCUAUACUGCAUAUUUUUCCAAGGUGUUCAUUGCUGUGCAGGAAUUAAAGAAUUGAAUUUUU